AUGAAUCUUAUAGAAAUGUUCGGUGUGAUUUGGCUUAAAAGUGAGACGAGCAAAACAAUUGAUGAAGUUAAAUGUCAACAGUUCUACAUAAAUUAUAAUUCAAUCAAAAUAGAGAAUCAAAUAAUAUAUUUCCACUUCGCUAGUGGCUCAAUGGGUCAUGGAACCCAAAACAACCCCUGGAUGAAGCUGAUGGGCAUUGUCUCCCACAAAGACCGUCGCCAUGACAAUCAGCAAAGCCAAAGCGGUUCCAAUGAGAGAGCUCUUAACAUGUAA